UGGACACCCCAAGAGGUAAGUUAAGUAUUAAAAAGCAUGAAUCAUUAAGGCCGGUUCCCAAAAUUUUCACCGCGGUAUCAUAAAUUUCCCAGCGUAUAAAGAGCCAGGUUUUGAUCCAAAAGAGGCUAAAUGGAAUUUAUACGAAUUCACCGAACAAUAGAUAGAGAAUUUAAUAUCUGGCUGCCAUUUUUUCACGAGACGAUAAAGACUUUCUUCCUCUCAGAAUAUGUAGCAUAGUCCGCACUGCUCUUAAUACAGGCUUGGUUUCUAAAAUUGUACCCGACAAAUUUGGAUCAUUAAAUCUAAUAAUACUACGGGAAAUAUUAUUGGGAUUCCGAAACUCACUAGUCUAAGCAACCUCGAUAGAGGAUGGGAGUUGGCUAUGGAUUAUAGUGUUUUUGAGACAUUGGCUGCAUUCGUGCCUGAUUUGAUAGUUUCAGCAGCUGGGGAAAAUUUACUUGUUUUUUGAUUGAGUUUUGAAAUAUAUUCAUUUCCCAAUUUUGAAACUACGCUAACACUUAUUUAAUAGAUAUUCAAAAAGACAACGAUGUUGAAAUGAUUGACGAGUCCUCCUCUGAUCAAGGAGAUAACCAUGGAAGUCACCAUGAUCAAAAUCAGCCAAGAUCCCUCACUAAGAUUACAGGGAGAUGGUCUCAGAAGGAACAUCAAAUUUUCGUCGAUUGCCUCAAUAAGUAUGGAAAAGACUGGGUAAUGCUUGAGAAGUCAAUAACUACAAGAACAAGCACUCAGAUCCGAAGCCAUGCCCAAAAAUAUUUCAACACUAUUAAGGAGAAGUUCAAUGUCAAAGACCCUUAUGAUAAUAUCAACUAUGAUAUGGAGCACGGUAUACACCAAAGUUUAAACGAGAUGGAAGGGACUGGAACCAGAAAGAAUCUCAAAUCCCUCAAUUUAAAUACUCGAGAAAUACAGAGCUAUGAAGAAUACAAAUAUGAUGAUAAGAGGAAUACUUUGAAGCAUAAAUCUCAUGAGCUUUCUAAUAAAUGGCAAUACAGAGAUUCUAGUUCUGGGACCCCAGUUUCUUAUCCCACUUCUAAACAAAAGAACUUGAAGUCUUCAUACCAAUCAAACAGUAAAGAAUUAAAAACUGAAGAGCCAUCAAAAAUUUCUCUUUCAAGCUCUCUGUUGCUUGAAAAUGGACAAGUCUCGAUCAAAGGGAACAAAAUCAAGACCUCCAUUCCGUGAGAAAUCGAACACAUUACACUUGCAAGCGGACUUAGCAGCACGAUGGUUGUUCCAAGCGAACCAUCAAUGCUCGAAGUCAGACCAAUGCUUUUGGACAAACCAAUGAUCUUUGACCUCAACAUGAAUAGCUUCUUGAACAAAUCUGAUAACUCCCAGCAAAUACCAAGGUCCUCAUCCGAGCAGACAUCGAACAAGAACUCAGACUUCGAUAAAAUCAUGGAAGUUCUCGACCAAAACUACUGUAUGUUUGCAGUCAAAGGUCAUUGCGGGGAGAGUUCAGAGUGCCAAAUGAGUUCGAUGCAUAGCCCAGAAUCAUCAUCCUCGAAUAGUCUGAACCAAUCCAGAGGGCAGUCAAGCUCUAACAACUCACAGCCAGUGGAGCACAACACCAUAAAUAAUGCAUGGGCUCGAAGACUACAUAAAUAA